CCCCGCGCGGGAGCCAUGGAGGUGGUGGAGGCCGCCGCGCAGCUGGAAACGCUCAAGUUCAACGGCGCCGGCCUGGCGGACGGCCCGGCCCUGCAGUCGGACGCGGCGGCGGCGGGCGCUCGGCGGGAGGCGGACGCUCAGCCCGCCGCCGCGCAGCCGCCUCGCUCGGCCCCGAGGCCGGAGCCGGGAGCGGGACGGAGCUGCGUCACCGGCCCGGGCGCCGCGCUGGGGGCCUCGGGGUCGGACUCGGACUCGGACUCGGACAGUGACACAGAUUCAGAUAGUUCAAGCUCCUCCUCUUCCUCUUCCUCCUCAUCUUCCUCAUCGUCUUCCUCUUGUAUAUCACUUCCUCCACUGGUGUCAGAUGGAGAAGAUGAUUUACAAACUGAGAAGGAAAACAAGAAUUUUCCUCUUAAAACAAAAGAUGAGUUACUCCUUAAUGAACUACCUUCUGUUGAAGAACUCACUAUUAUUCUGCCUGAAGAUAUUGAAUUAAAGCCUUUUGGGAUGGUUUCAAGUAUUAUUGAGCAAUUAGUAAUAAUUGAAUCUAUGACUAACUUACCUCCAGUUAAUGAGGAGACUGUAAUUUUUAAAAGUGAUCGGCAGGCAGCAGGAAAGAUAUUUGAGAUAUUUGGACCUGUUGCACAUCCAUUUUAUGUGUUACGGUUUAAUUCUUCAGAGCACAUUGAGAGUAAAGGUAUUAAAAUAAAGGACACUAUGUAUUUUGCUCCAUCAAUGAAAGACUUCACCCAAUACAUAUUCACAGAAAAACUUAAACAGGAUAGGGGAUCAGAUGCAUCAUGGAAGAAUGAUCAAGAACCACCACCGGAAGCCUUAGAUUUCAGUGAUGAUGAAAAGGAAAAAGAAGCCAAGCAGAGGAAAAAAUCUCAGAUUCAAGGCCGGAAAAAAUUCAAGUCUGAAUCUAAUGAAUCAAGUGAAAAUUUUUCAGAAGUACAUCAGAAUUGGAAUGUUCAUACUUCUGUUACAGAGCAUUCAAAAGGAUAUCGUAACAGAGAAUUCACACGAGGAUUUUCCCGGGGUAGAUAUCCUCGACCUUGCCAUGGCACACCUCCAUCGCCACGGUUUUAUAACUCAGAGCAUAUGGUGUUUCAGGAGCCUUCAGGAUUUCUACCUCAGAGACAAGAUAAUCCUAUCAUGCCACAGUAUCCCUUUCCUCCUCCAGUGUUUGAUGUGCACAAUUUUUCACUCCCUCCUCCUCUACCACCACUUCCUCCACCUCCACCACCUGCAUCUGUAAACCUGGGUUGGGCUGCACCUAACAUGGCACCUCAUCCAUUAAUUCCCUUACCAUACUCCAUACCCCCACCCCCUCCACCACUGCCUCCACCCCCCUCUUCUGGAGAUAACAGUUCUUCUCAUUUUGGAUCCUACUACUAGGUGAAAGUAUGCUAAUUUCUGGAGAAAUCUGGACUUUUUAUAUGGAAGGGAUUUUUUUUUAAAGAAAGUAAUUAUGGAACUAGAUUUUUAACAUUGUAAAAUACUAAAUGAUCCUUCAGUUGUAAGUUGAUGUAUAUUUGUAACCUUUGUGAAAUUGUAUCCUUAUGAAAAUACCACUUUUGUGGAAGAGAGAAUCCAACUAUGUAAUAUUUAAUUAAAACAAUCCAUGUUUACCCUAUCCCUGCUCAAUUAAACAGUGUAUAUAGGUCUAAUAAUAGCUCUGGAGCAACUUUUAUCAUGAGUCAAAUAUAUUAAACACAUUGAUGUCUUCUUGGUAUAUCUGAAAACAAGAGGUAGAAGUCCUGUUGAGAGUCUUUAAAAUAAACUAUUUUUACAAAUGUAAACUUGAAAA